AUGGCGUCCCUCAGACAUGUCUCUCCUCUACUGCGCAUUUCUUCAAAUAUUUUGCGAGGUCUUGGAAAGAGACCUCAGUGCGCUGAAUUCCACUGGCCAUCUCACAACUCAAGAAUUCAAUGGCUUGUUUCACGACCAAUUCCCUGGAUGGUUCCUGGAAGAACAAUGUUUGUGCAGACUCAAGACACUCCAAAUCCAAACAGCCUCAAGUUUCUUCCAGGUCGCACUGUUCUUGAUUCAGGAACAAUGAAUUUUGCAGGCCCUCGUGAUGCAUACUGUUCACCAUUAGCCAGACAGCUCUUCCGAAUAGACGGUGUAAAAAGUGUUUUCUUUGGACCGGAUUUCAUCACUAUAACAAAGGGUGAUGCUGAAAUGCAAUGGAAAGUCAUUAAGCCCGAUGUUUUUGCUGCCAUUAUGGAUUUUUUCACAUCGGGACUUCCAGUGGUCAAUGAUGACAGCAAACCAAGUCCAGAUACUGCACCAUCAGAUGAGGAUGACGAAAUUGUUGCUAUGAUUAAAGAGUUGUUGGAUACGAGAAUAAGGCCUACAGUGCAAGAAGAUGGAGGUGAUGUUAUCUUUCGGGGGUUCGAGGAUGGGGUUGUUAAACUGAAACUACAAGGCUCCUGCACGAGUUGUCCUAGUUCUAUUGUUACUUUGAAGAGUGGCAUCCAAAACAUGCUCCAGUUUUACGUCCCAGAGGUUGACUCUGUAGAGCAGGUAAAGGAAGAUGAAGAGGAAGCUGCUGAAGUUUAA